UGUUUCGUCGACGAGUGAAAAUCAAAUUCCCGCCAAAGGAAAGUGUGGUCGUAGUCGGAAAAUCGUUUGUUAGUGCUUUCCAACGUGCUCCUGACGAAGCACGCACCUCAGCAUGUACUUCUUUUUUGUUUUAGUCUCGCUGAUGGUGGCUAACCCAGCGUUAGCAUACCUAUCAGCGGGCAUGAAGGAUCAGUUUCUGUCGGACAUGCUGUUGCGUGAGCUGGUCGAUCGGAUGGGCAAGGAUUUAGCUGAGGCGGCCGACUCGUACAUUGAUCCGGCCGCCUUGGACGAGCUGCCCGCCAGCCGUCUCGCACUGAUGGCGCGUGUGACGAAGGAUCUAGAGUCCGAGCAGCUCGAUUACGAUGCACUGCUGGAUGGUUCGAAUCCGAACCCAUCGCCGCGUGAUCAGGAAUAUCUGCAGCACAGCUCCUUGUGGGGACACCAGUACGUGUCGGGUGGUGCAGGCGAAGGACCAAACCGUCCGAAGCCACAGGUGAAAACCGAUGCUAGCCUACCGGCGUACUGCAACCCGCCGAAUCCGUGCCCGGUCGGCUAUUCCGAAGACCAAGGUUGUACCAUGGAUUUCGAGAAUACGGCUGCGUUCAGCCGUGAGUAUCAGGCGGCACAGGACUGUAUGUGUGAUGCAGAGCAUAUGUUUAACUGCCCGGCAGCAACGCAGAACGAAGGCAAUCCGCAGAUGGACUCCGAUCUGGAAAACUUCAUUGCUCGCCAGUUCCAUACCCAGGAGCAUAAGAACUUGGUGGCCAAAAAGUUUCACGUCAAGAAGAACUACAACCCAUUCUUGCAAGGAGAAAAACUUCCGGUCGCUGCCAAGAAGGGAUUCAACGUGAAUGUUUAGACGACAAAAGCACGGUAAACCCGCACAUUCCAUAUCAAGAUAACCGACCCAAUGCAAAAACAAAUGGUAGUCUGAACCUGCAGAUGACUAUCGGAACGUUUAAUCCAACCGAUUAAAUGACUACAAACGGACAAACGGCAAUGGAAAAAACAGCUACUAAUCACAUCGUUCACUUCUAGGCAAUAAGUCAAAUGCAAAUACCGACACUCACUUACGACACGCUAUACGUAAAAGCAUAACUAAACAGUGCAUUGAACAUGUGUGCAUAUUUUCCAAAGCAAAAUUUCGCCCUGUUUUGAGUAACAACUUUUUUUGUACCGUGAAAUUCGAGGAAAUUUUACUCAAUUACGAAGCCAAUCCAAUCUAUGUUCUAUGCUAGUUAAACACCAUUAUGCGUUAGGUAGAGUGUUUACUUUAAUGUUCAAUAGAAAUAUGGAAAUGUUUCUUUAAUCAUUACAUUACUGGAUGAAUUUUAUCACCAUGUACAAAUGGGCGCAUACUAAAGUGUUAAAUUUUCAUAGAAUUUACUAUCCUUCCAGAAGCCAGAAAUUACACGUAGAACAGCUAACAGCCAUUCGUAAAUGUUUCAUGAUGAUACGUUCAACAGCAGAUGCGACUGGCAGAACGUGUGGAAAGGGGUACACUAAUGCCCUUCUGAUUUUUAUUUUGUCAUAUAAAGCCAUUAUAAGAACGCUUAAUACUGAGCUUUCGAGAGAGCCACAAGACGAUAACAUAAAGCAAAAUGAAUCAAAAUGAAUUAUCUUUUGAAAGGUAUAGCAGAGUCAUGAUACAUUGUAAUGUGAGGACUCAACAAACUCAUUGAAAUGUGCUUUGCAAAGGUACAGUUUUGAAUUUAAACUACUCCGAAUGCUACAUUCAGCAUUCGGCGCAUAACUAAAUACCAUUUGUAAGAACAUAGAAAAAAUAACAGAAAACAGAUAAUGUGCAAUAAUUAUUUCUAUCGUUCUUAUC